GGUAGAGAGAGAGAGGAGGGAGAAGAGAGAGAGGGGAGGGUAGGGAGAGAGAGAGAGAGAGACAGUGUUUAAUCUACAGCACAAGCCAGUCUGUUUUUGUCGCUGUGCUGGAUCAAGCAGCUGUCUGCCAUGGAGAGAGAAACUUUGAACCCGAGUCCAGCGACCAUGGGGAGGUCAUGUGACCCCUCGGUCCGGAGUGGGCGGGAUCUGGGGGAUGGAAAGAGCGUGAGAGAGUCCCUGGUGAACGGGGGCACGGAGAAGGGGCGCGAGAGAGGAGAGGGAAGAGAGGCGAGAGAGAAAGGCUCUGAAAACACCCAGCUAAGGACGGACAGAGAGCAGGGAUCCAGAGAACUGAGGAAGAACCCAGAACUGCAGCGGUCAGAACCCAAUCUAGAACCAGCAUGGGACUCUAGAACUGACCUGAACCCAGAACCACAGGGGUCAGAACCAAAUCUAGAACCAGCAAGGGACUCUAGAACAGACCUGAACCCAGAACCACAGGGGUCAGAACCCAAUCUAGAACCAGCAUGGGACUCUAGAACUGACCUGAACCCAGAACCGCAGCGGUCAGAACCCAAUCUAGAACCAGCAAGGGACUCUAGAACUGACCUGAACUCAGAACCCAAUCUAGAACCAGCAAGGGACUCUAGAACUGACCUGAACCCAGAACCGCAGCGGUCAGAACUUCAACCGGAACCCACAUUGGAGCCAGUCUUCCCAGCGGAGACCGGAGCCAGCGAGAAGCAGAGGUCAGACGCAGCGGGGGCGGAGAGGGAGGGAGAGGGGGGCAGCGGCCGGGGGGGCUCCGUCUAUCGGGGGCUCCUCAGGAAGAAGCUGCUGCGCUCCUCGGACAGGUCGGUGUCCAGCUCCUCCACUUCAUCCUUCACCUACUCCUCCCAGGAAUCGGACGAGGUGUUCAGCGAGGGGGAGCGGGAGGAGAGCGCAGACAAGAGGAAGAGCUUCAGAAAGGUAAGGGCUCUCUGUGCUUAACAAACUGCAGAGCUGCAUAGAGGUCUAUAGGAAAGAGAGCUCCACUCUCCAC